AUGCCACUGAAGAAGAAGAUCUCCAUUGAUUACGUUAUGGAGAAGGCAUCGGGGCCUCAUUUCUCCGGCUUCCAUAGCCCAACCGCCACCGCCUCAUCCUCCCCCUUUUCCGACGCCAAUGCUCCCAAUCCGCCCUUCGUCAUCGGCGUUUCAGGAGGUACUGCUUCUGGUAAGACUACCGUCUGUGAUAUGAUCAUCCAACAGCUUCACGAUCACCGUGUUGUUCUUGUAAAUCAGGACUCGUUUUACCGUGGUUUAACUGCUGAAGAGUUAAAACGCGUUCACGAAUAUAAUUUUGAUCAUCCUGAUGCUUUUGAUACUGAGCAGCUUCUGGAUUGUGUUCUGAUGCUCAAAAGUGGGCAAUCUGUUCAGGUCCCAAUCUAUGAUUUUAAGCAUCACCAACGGUCUUCAGAUAGUUUUCGACAGGUGAAUGCUUCUGAUGUCAUAAUUUUGGAAGGAAUUCUUGUUUUCCAUGAUCAGCGUGUUAGGAACCUUAUGAAUAUGAAGAUUUUUGUUGACACAGAUGCUGAUGUGAGGCUUUCUCGUAGAAUAAAACGAGACACGGUUGAUAGGGGUAGGGAUGUAAGCUCUGUUCUUGAACAAUAUGCAAAGUUUGUCAAGCCUGCCUUUGAUGAUUUUGUUCUUCCAUCAAAGAAGUAUGCUGAUGUCAUCAUUCCCCGAGGAGGUGAUAAUCAUGUUGCCAUUGAUUUGAUUGUGCAACAUAUCUACACUAAGCUUGGUCAGCACGGUAUCUGCAAAAUAUAUCCCAAUGCAAAUGUAAUCCAGUCUACGUUUCAGAUCAGAGGAAUGCAUACUCUGAUUAGAGACCAGGAGAUUUCUAAGCACGAUUUUGUCUUUUAUUCAGAUCGGCUUAUUCGUCUGGUGGUGGAGCAUGGUCUUGGGCAUUUGCCAUUCAUCGAGAAGCAAGUAAUAACACCUACAGGAUCUAUAUAUACCGGGGUUGACUUUUGCAAAAAGUUAUGUGGUGUUUCCAUUGUUCGAAGUGGUGAAAGCAUGGAAAACGCCUUACGUGCAUGUUGCAAAGGAAUAAAAAUUGGAAAAAUUCUGAUUCACCGUGAUGGAGAUGAUGGAAAACAGCUUAUAUACGAGAAGCUUCCCAAGGAUAUUUCAGAAAGGCAUGUCCUCCUUCUGGAUCCUGUUCUUGCUACAGGGAACUCUGCUAACCACGCCAUCGAACUACUCAUACAGAAAGGAGUUCCGGAAUCUCACAUUAUAUUCCUGAACCUCGUCUCUGCACCAGAAGGAAUUCACUGUGUUUGUAAACGGUUCCCGUCCUUGAAAAUUGUCACGUCGGAAAUCGACAUCGCACUAAACGGGGAGUUCCGGGUCGUACCAGGUAUGGGUGAAUUUGGUGAUCGAUAUUUUGGAACUGAUGAUUGA